AUGGCUCAUCUAAUCACCAAAUCCAUCUUGUUUUGCUCUCUUCUCACUGUAACAUUGCUUCUCACACCCUCCAAAUUCCUAACUUCCCACAUUGUGCUCCCACUAAUUCCCAUCAUUGCCUACUUCUUCUAUUCAAUUUUCACUUCCUCUAAUCUUCCUCCUGGCCCUCUCUCCCUACCAAUCUUUGGCAACUGGCUCCAACUAGGCAAUGACCUCAACCACCGCCUUCUUGCAACCAUGUCACAAACAUAUGGCUCUAUAUUCCUCCUCAAACUUGGCUCGAAAAACCUGGCUGUGGUUUCGGACCCCGAGCUAGCAACUCAAGUCCUCCACAGCCAGGGAGUAGAGUUUGGCUCUCGCCCUCGCAACCUUGUCUUCGACAUUUUCACUGGCAAUGGCCAGGACAUGGUGUUCACAGUUUACGGUGAUAAUUGGCGCAAAAUGCGCAGGAUCAUGACGCUUCCAUUUUUCACCAACAAAGUUGUGCAACAUUAUAGCAACAUGUGGGAGGAGGAAAUGGAUCUAGUUGUACAUGAUCUAAGCAAAGAUGAGGGAGUGAAGACUAAAGGGAUAGUCAUUAGGAAACGCUUGCAACUGAUGUUGUACAACAUUAUGUAUAGAAUGAUGUUUGAUGCCAAGUUUGAAUCACAAGAGGACCCCUUGUUCGUUGAAGCUACCCGGUUUAACUCCGAAAGAAGCCGGUUGGCUCAGAGCUUUGAAUAUAACUAUGGUGAUUUCAUUCCUUUGCUCAGACCAUUUCUCAGAGGGUACUUGAACAAGUGCAGGGACUUGCAAACCAGGCGACUGGCCUUUUUCAACUACUAUUUUGUUGAGAAAAGAAGGCAAAUUAUGGCUGCCAAUGGAGAGAAGCACAAAAUAAGUUGUGCCAUAGAUCACAUAAUAGAUGCUCAAAUGAAGGGUGAGAUCAGUGAAGAAAAUGUGCUCUACAUUGUAGAGAACAUUAACGUUGCAGCAAUUGAGACAACCCUAUGGUCCAUGGAAUGGGCAAUAGCUGAGCUGGUGAAUCAUCCUACUGUCCAAUGCAAGAUCCGGGAUGAAAUCUCAACAAUCCUUAAAGGAGCUGCGGUAACAGAAUCCAACCUACAUGAAUUACCUUACUUGCAAGCAACUGUAAAAGAGACAUUGAGGUUACACACCCCAAUACCUCUGUUGGUACCCCAUAUGAAUCUUGAAGAAGCAAAGCUAGGAGGUUAUACCAUCCCAAGAGAGUCCAAGGUGGUUGUCAAUGCAUGGUGGUUAGCCAACAACCCUGCCUGGUGGAAAGACCCGGAGGAGUUCCGGCCGGAGCGGUUCUUUGAGGAAGACCGUGGCACAGAAGCUGUGGCAGGUGGUAAAGUCGAUUUUAGAUAUGUGCCAUUUGGUAUGGGAAGGAGGAGUUGUCCAGGGAUCAUACUUGCACUGCCAAUUUUAGGGCUUGUUAUUGCCAAAUUGGUGUCGAAUUUUGAGAUGAAGGCUCCUCCUCGGGUGGAGAAGAUUGAUGUUAGUGAAAAAGGAGGGCAGUUCAGCUUGCACAUAGCAAACCAUUCAACUGUUGUGUUUAACAAACUUGGUUCAUGACUGCCCAUUCCCAAUUGGUUUCACG